GCAUAGAUACGCCCAUCCGUGAAGUCCGAGGAAGUUAGCUAGCUGGACAAUCUAGCUCUGCAUUUUAGUUUAGCUACAAACAAAUAAUAAUCCACAUAAAUAGUUAUUAUCAACGAUGGACAAGCUUCGUAGUAUGAUGGGGGGACGAGAAGACAACGAGGAAACGGGUCUCACGUCGCAGGUCCUGGAUGCCUCGACCCUCAGCUACAGCACCCGGCUGAAGUGGUUCGUCAUAUGCUUCGUUUCAGGCAUCUUGUGCUCCAUACUGGGCACUGCACUGCUGUUCUUACCCAAUGGCACCAAACGGUUUGCUGUGUUCUACACACUAGGAAACCUUGCUGCACUCUCCAGCACCUGUUUCCUGAUGGGACCUCUAAAGCAGCUGGAGAGAAUGUUUGAACCGACCAGACUGAUAGCCACCUGUGUUGUGCUGCUCUGUCUCGUUUUGACUCUUUGUGCUGUUUUCUGGUGGCGAAAGAAGGGACUGGCCAUCAUCUUCUGCAUUCUACAGUUCUUAGCAAUGACAUGGUACAGCAUCUCUUACAUUCCAUUUGCUAGAGAUGCAGUGAUAAAGGUUUUCACCAGCUGUCUGAGUUAGAGAACGGACAGUGGUCUCCCAGACCUGGCUUCCAAUACUAUGAAAUCACAAGACUGGUCCCAAAUAUGCGAAGACAACGUAUAGAUAUUUUGUAUUUUUCAUUUUCAUUGCUGUUUUGAUACUGUGAAUCAUUCAUAUUUCCAAUAGUUGUUUUAUCAUAUUUGCAGUUAUCUGAAACUAAUGUUUAUUCAUAUUAUGGUUAUCAGGGUUGGGGUCAAUUCCAUUUCAAUUCAGUUAAUUCAGGAAGUAGACUGAAAUUCGGAAUUGAAAUUUGUUUACUUCCUGAAUUGACCCUGAUUGAUGCUUAUUUAACCUUUUUUGUUUGUUUGUGGCUCUCAGAUUGUGUCAGUUGUUUUAAGUGUGUUUAUGCUUCUGGUGAAAGAGAGAUGAAUGCUUGAAAUUCAAAUAUUUAAUCAUUUUCCUAAUGUAUAUCAUCCAGAAAGACAGGAUUGGGGUCAAGUGGAAUUGAAGGCAGUCACUUCAGGAAGUGAUUUUGAAUUUAAAGUGAAAACAUUUUACAACUCUCAAAAUAAGUAGAUAUAGAUAUGUAUUUUAAAAGAAAUAGAUACUUUUCAGUUUAUUGAGAAGUCAUUAAAAUAUGCCCUUUUUUUCCAAUUAUUGAAUUGGAAGUUAAGUUUACUUCCUGAAUUGACCGCCUUCAAUUCGAAUUGACCUCUGCCCUGCAAGUAAACCUAUUUUAUAUCUUGUUUUUGUUCAGAGCAGGGAAAGACCUAUAGUCAUUUACAACAUGAUGCUUGUAAAACUGAAAAUACAACUCAAUGCCUUACCUUUUUCUACUUUGUAUUUUGUCUCAUGACAAUACGAUUUGCUGAUGUUUUAACAGAAGUUUUCCGUCUUCAGAAGAAUGCAAUAUGACUGUCUUAUUUUUGAUGAAUAAAAUCAACAAAUGUUUUCAUUUUGAAA